AUGCCACAUUCAAGCUGGCAUUCAACACCAAACGUGGGAGACAAGACUGCCUCUACUCCAAGUGCAAGCACCAGCGAAGGGUCCAGCACCAGCGAGUCAGUGGAUGUGAGUUUCAAGGACUCUCCCAUCCAGAGCUCUCCAGCAGAGUCAAACCAGCCCAUAAAUUGGUCAGAUUCCUUCCAUGGCUUAGGAUCCACUCCGUUCGCGAGAGAAGUUGCAGACAUCCUCUUGGCCCCCAUUGCUGCUGAAGACAUUGAAAUCAAGCCUGAUGGCUUAUUGUAUCUUCCUGAAAUCAAGUAUCGUCGUAUCUUGAAUCGGGCAUUUGGUCCUGGAGGAUGGGGGUUGGCCCCCAGAACCGAAAGCUACAUCACCCCCAAACAAAUCAGCCGAGAAUACGCGUUAAUUUGCCAUGGCAGAUUGGUGAGUGUAGCCAGAGGCGAACAAGACUAUUUUGGAGGUGAAGAGAAAGUGACCACUGCGUUGGAAGGUUGUAAAAGUAAUGCCUUGAUGAGAUGUUGCAAAGAUUUGGGAAUCGCCAGUGAGCUCUGGGACCCAAGUUUCAUUAGAGACUGGAAGAAAAAGUACUGUGACGAGGUUUUCGCCGAACAUGUUACUACCAAGAAGAAGAAGAAGUUGUGGAAGUUGAAAAAGAAUAAAACUUUGGAUUAUCCCUAUAAGAUUUGUUAA